AAGCUCUGUCACUUACUGGACCUGCCCGCGGUGCCAGGCAGGUGGAGAGUGAAGGAGACAGGAGUCAGUCGUGGAAAGACGCAUAUGAGCAUGAGGUUGAUUUGGCGUUUGUCCCAAGAGCAUGUCCCCGUAGGGAGCUAGCCUGCGGUGCGGGCGAAGUUUUUUUUUUAGCCAGCAAGCUCUGUCACUUACUGGGCUUGCCCACGGUGCCAGGCAUAAUGCUCAGGGAGAGGUGAGGCAGCUCAGAUCUCGGCUGGUGAGUGAUCAACGAGUCAUGCAGAAUGUCGAGCAAAUAAAAGGACCGAGUCCCAUCCAAUUCAAAGCAAGCAGCACACCGUCGCCUAUAAGCCGAAGAGGGCGUCGUCAGCAAUGGCGCUCAUCUCCAUGAGACUUACCAGCAGGCCAGCUUGAUGAAACUCGAAACCUCCACGACGGUGAGUUAACUUGGAACAUGAGUCAAGUUCGGUCGGCCUGCCUCAUCAGUAGUAAAGGAGCAUGAUGGCGAGCACCUCUAGGAAGACUUACAAACACUGUUCCCUAGUAAGUCUCCAUGUUAAGGCCAUAUGUGUGAAAGACGCAAAAGGGUGGAAGAGUAACAGUUGUUGGGACGAGGUGGGGGACGGAGAGGGGCGGGGAGGGGAAGAGGGAAAGCAAGGGGGUGGCGUUGAGGUUCAGGCACGGUCAUGACUCAAUGACGAUACUACUAGUAGUAGUGGUGAGUUCCUUAGGUGAGAUCGUAUUUCCUAAUACGGAAGAAGCGAGUCAGGGCAUGUUGAGCUCGCGGCUUCCAGAUAGACGUCGAGGUUCCCCGAGGCUCGAACACAGGCGGGACGUGACCGAGGGUUCCAUUGUCUUCACGGAUCAUACACUCGAUUAUAUCUUCGAAUUUCGAGGGGUUGACAAUGGAGGGCUAGAAACCCGAUGGAAAGGGGGCGGCUAACUCUGGGUUGAUGGCGUGGAAAGCGUCCGGAUUAUAUCAAAUGAGGCAUUGAGAGGUUUAUAAACCCCCCUUCAAGCGGGCUGUGACAGAAUUAUGGAAUGACCAAAAUUAAACUUCCAUGGGCAUCGCUCUCUUGUCGUGGUCAGGCAGAUGGACAGCCGGACUUGCGCUGUAAUCGGUGAGACAAAAUCUCCGGUUCGUUGCUGAGCUGCUUUUUAAGUUGGUUAACUCGAGGCGAUUGCGCAGACAUCAAGAAAAGAAGAAUAGGAAACAUAGUGAAUUAUAUAGACUUGGACAAGUCAUGUGAAAGAC